CUAGGACAUGUGUUACGUGUAUGCCUCUAACCAUUGCCUUCUUCGACUGGCCAUUUUAGUUGAUAUAGAAUCAGGUUGGAAAAUAGCUAGUGGUGGUCAUACGAAAACGUGACUUCAUCAGUCAAUGAUAUCCAUAAUAGGUUAGGUUGAGAGGUGUAGGAAGAUGGAGACUUCCUGACUGACUGGUUGCGGUCCCCGCGAUGCUAUAAACCAAUGAAGGCUGGAGGCUAUUGGUGAUUUUGGUGGCUAUUUUUCUCUUUUUUUGUUACUGUUUUUUCUCUCUCUCAAAUUUCUGCUAAUUUUCAUUUUUUAAAAUCUCUUUUGUCCUCUUUUGUGUGCUUCAUGGAGUGUGGCAACUUGAUAUACUGCAGCAAUUCUGUGCAGAUUUGACAAGCUUCCUACUAUGAAGCUUAUCAAUAAAAUCACACGACUUUCUCAAACAGAAGCAAGAUUCACAAACCAUCGGAUUUUUAACAGUCGAUGUUUGAAAAAUCAUAUAACUCCAAAAUAUUUACACAUACGCACUCCAAUUAAUUCAAGAAAAAUAUCGUCAGCAGCUGAACAUUUCAGUAGAUUAUGUUUAAGAGAAGAACUACAUCGAAUUACUGUGAAACUCAAUAAUAUACGAAAUGAAAUCGAAAAACUCAAACAGAAACUCAAAUGUAUGGUCAAUGACAAAGAUUAUGUAAUUGUUGUUGAAACAUCCGAAAAAGCUAGAGAAUCAGCAUUAAGAAAAUCAAAAGCCACACAAAUCAAAAAAUUCAACAAACUAAUUGAAGAAAAGAACACAACAAAUAAAAUUGAUGUCAACGCUUCAUCCUCUAUCGACUGAACAAAGUGGGUGAUCAACCUCUCAUCAAAGGAACUAAGCUCUAGUGAGAUAAAAGUACUUGAGAAAGGACUGAAUUUCAAUAUAACAGUUAACAAAUUAAAACCAGAGGAUGUCAUUCCUAACAUAGAAG